AUGAGCCAGCUAAUGUCGCUAGUGGAAGAUACCAAGAAGGCAAGCAAGAAGGAGGAGCCAGCUGGCACCAUGGAGGGUGCCGCUGAUCGCGGCGAUGCUAGGGAGAGCACCGCCGCGGAGUCCACGAACGCCGAAGGAGGGGCACCGUGGACCGGGAGUGCGCAGAACGGGAGGUACCUGCGCGAACCUGGUCGAGAGUCUGGUCCGUCAGGGCGACACAGCGGCGAAGCAGGGGGCUUUGUCCCCCAAGAGGUGAGAGUAGCCGCUGCUCACAACCAAGACUAUAGUAGUGUCAUGGGAGAUGGUGGUGCUGCUGUUGGCUUCGGAUGCGGAGACACAACCCCAGCGACGGGGUACCAAAGUGUGCGGUACACUUGUCCUCCGUUCAGCGGGAAAUCGAAAGAUUUCAACAAAUGGCUAAAUGUUUUCCGCAUGGCAGCUAUUGGCGCAAACCUGUUGGAACAAUUUGAAGAGAGCGGGAGCUUGGAGAUCCCCGUCAACAGCGGAAAGAGCGAGUGUUUACUGUCACAGCAGUACCGAAGCGAGCAAGUAGAGCUCGCAUUCCACGCGUGGAACUUCUUGUCUCACGCGUUGAAAGAAAAAGAUCGGAAAAUCAUGAAGAGGGCACGCCCCAGGGAGCUCUUCGUGACCUCAAGACCAUACACGACCCUGAAUCAUCUGUACAGCCGUCAGAGGACCUCAAGUCCCUGACGUCGACCAAGAUAUCUAGAGGUGAA